AGAAGAUCAUGCACAUAGGAAAAAGGAAGUGCAACAAUUAAGUCCUGCGAGUGACCUCUUGCUAGGUAAAUGAAUGAAUGGAUGAGUAUUAUUCUCUUGACAACAAGAACAUCGUGCACAUGGUGCUAUUCUCUUGACAACAACACGUGAAGGCUAUAACGAGGAGUCUACGACUGAUUCGAGGCACUGAAGAAAACCAAAAGGAUGUUCUCAAGAGGGUGUCGUUUUUCCUACGGAAACGGUGGCCAUUUUAACCACCGUUUCAGCUGCCUUCUGUGCUUGCUAAUAUACCACGACUUAGCGGACGCAUACUUCGAACAAGUAAUGAGUCCUUUCUUCGAUGACGAUUUGCCUCUGGACCCAGCUUUGUGGGAGAAGGAGGAUCAUGGGUCUCAAAAUCGUGGUAGUAUGGACGAGGAGGUGCCAUCAUCCGUUUUUCAACAGAGAAGCCGUGGAGAUCGAGGAGCGAAGUCCCACGAAAGAGCGGAGGGGAAGGGGGACAGGGAAGACAACAGCGAAGAACCGAAAGGUGACGAAGUCGUUGGAGGGGAGGCUCAGGGGCACGAUGAUUCCUCUUCACAGGAAGACAAAGAGGGAGAUGACGAGGCAACCACAGAGGAUGAAGAUGGAGAAGCACCAAAAGGUCGUACUGUUGGCGAACCUAAUGCUGAUUCCAAAAGGUCAGAGGCAGAGGAAAAGUCAACAGAGGAAGCAGAAGCAGCAACUACAUCAGACAGAGUGUCGCGCUCAGGUCGAUUGCGUGAAGCCCUUAACGACGAUCAUGAGCGUUUGUCGCUAGGUUACGUGCACUCACCAGGGAAAGGAGAGGAGUUAUGCUGCUGUUGAUGAGUGUCAAUGUAGCCGCGAUUGAGUUCUUCUUUCUUUAUUAGUGCGUUGUAGCUGGGCGAGUACUAGGAGUGCGUGUCUCUGUUGUAUCUGUAAUGCAGAAUGUCAAUGUUCAAGUUCCAACGAAAAACGUGAAACUCUGCUCAACAAGGAGAUGAAUGGCUCUGGUAUUUGGUAACCUGAUUUUGAUCAUGAGGAAAACAAGAAGAGAAUCCUUGUGAUCAAAUUCAGGCUAUCAAAUACCAGAGCCAUUCAGUAGAACAGGAGUAACAUCCUCGUCUUCUGGCGCCUCUAAUCACUAGUCUCCUGUACGAACUAUCCUCGCCAGAUGACUCUCCUUCGUCCGACAAAGACCCUACAAGUACAACCUCUUCAAUCCCGAGGCCUGGGAAGCCUCCGACGACAUCCGUAUCGCAUGAAUUCGAAACUGGAGUGCAUCAAAAUUACCACAAGCUACUGGAUGCAGUGCAUGAAAGUGUGGGCGUCAUAGCGCACGCUGAUAAGGAGGAGAAGAAUAUCUUGACUCAAGCGGAGCAAUGGACGGAAGGAAAACGACGGGUGGAUAGACAAUAUCGGCAUAUCGUUAUGGGAACGAUACUGUUUCAUUAAAAAAAUCUUCCAUGUGGAGCAUUUCUAAAAAAAAGUCGCAAGUAGAGGGAACAUAAACACUUCGCACAACGAGCAAAUAUUUCCAUUUCCGCGACAGUACAACUACUUUCUACUAGUACUAGCACAGUACUAAAUACUUCCAUGUCUAAUCCCCAACGUACCCCUGUCGAUUUGGAGCAUAUGUUACAUGACGCCGCAACGGAGAUUCAGCGAGAUCUGUUGCAGCCGUGGACAGAGGCAGAGCCACCCGCAACUUCUGCGGAAGAGAGGAUGGCAAAAGUACUCGCGAAAAGAGCACAAGAAGAAGAACAGUGAAGAAGGCGUGAAGAAGUGAUGUGGAAGUGCACAUGAUGAUGCGGAAGUUUACAACUUACGAUAGUGCUGAUUAUGCGGAAGUUUACAACUUCGAGUCAAGGAUAAGUACUAGAAGACGUAAUAAUAUGCAGUUCGCAAGGUUGUCCUGACGGCGGCGGCGGUCUUCUACGCCCGCGGUGUCGAAAUUUCCUAGUACUAAAAUUCUACGAGGAGUACGAUUUGAUUGUCGUACAACUUCCUAUUUUUACCGCAAGAAAAAA